AUGCCCUCAGCUUCAAUCCUUCUCGUCUUUGGCUUUGAAGAGGCCGGCUCAAGAUAUCCGUGGAGUAACCCCGUCGUCAUUUCUACGACUGUGUGCGGAGGCUGUCUGUUUUUGGUCUUCGUUGCAUGUGACUAUGUGGUUGGCACGCCAAAGUACCCACUCGAGCCUGUCUUCCCUCUGCAGCUUUUGAAGGAUCGACACUUCGUUGGUCUGUUUCUAACCGCCUUCUUCACCGGCCUGCCAUUCAUAACAGUCUUGAUCAAACUUCCGCAGCACUUCCAAGGAGUCAACGGACUGAGCCCCUUUGCUGCGGGCGUCGAUACACUGCCUCUUCUCAUCAGCUCCCCGCUUGCUGCCGCAGUAUCUGGCCCGCUGGCCACGAAGAUGGACAUGCCGCCUUUCUAUCUCUUGCUAUUCGGGGCGUGCAUACAGAUGCUGGGCAAAGGCCUCGCCAGCUCCGCAACCCCCGUCAGGUUGAGGGACUUCCUGGGGGUUGAAGUGUUUAUGGGCUUCGGCUUUGGCAUGGCAGUCCUCCUCUAUGUCCAUUUCCUGGUCGAGAGGCAGGGCCUUGCCGUUGUAAUGGGUGCUGUGACACAGCUCCGGAAAUUGGGGGGCACCAUUGGCUUGGCCGUGGGCGCGACCAUUUUCAACAACCACCUCGCAUCCAGUCUCCCAAACUAUCUCACCCCCUCAGAAGUGCCAACCAAUUCCGAUUCGGUCCCGGUCAUCGACAGUUUGCCAGCCCCCACACGGAAUGCCGUCCGAUCCGUGUUCAGCGAGGGUGAGAACAAACGGCUUCUUACCAUGCUCUACCUUAGCGCGGUCGUCCUCGUAUCCCUGACUCUCAUGUGA